AUGGAACAAAAUACACAACGAGCUAUGUCAACAACUGCAAUUGAUCUUGAAUCAGUUCUUCAAGUACGCCGACGACGUUUAUCUGUUACAACACCUCAAGCUUCUCAAGAUGCAUAUCGUUAUACAGAUGUUAUUAUUUUAAAAGUUGAAAAAUCGAAUGACAUUUUGAAAGAAGAUGCUCGCUGUAUUUUUCAUGGUGAUUAUCAUGUUUUAACGGAUAUAUUUCAAAAAUACACAUCGCAUAUUAAAAUUCAUCAUGAGGAUCCUGAAAUGGUUAAAAAUCAUGAUCGUUUAUCAGGCAAACUCUAUACAACAGUUGAAUUACCAACAAUGUCGUUUAUUGAAGUAUUAGAAAUCUUACAUAAACAUUAUUUUUCAAUUGUUGCUAGUGCAACUAAUUUUGGAACAGCAACAAAAUUACAAGAAUUUAUUUUAUUACGUAAUAAAGAUUCAUUUGAUGCUGCUCGUCCUUUACCAACAAUUGAUACAAAAAUUCAUUGA